CAGAAAGAUUAACUCGUAGUAGAGUUACUACUCUUGCACGUCGUAACUUUGCUACAGAAGUAGUUUCAGAGGAUUUUUUUGUUAAACGCAAAUCUGUUGAGGAACAUGCAAGAAUUUUGUUCAUUAGCGUUGGUAAUGCUAUCAUGAUUAUGAAAGAACAUGAAGCUCAUAAUUUAGAACAUCCUCAUGAGGAAGUCGAACACCCUCCCUUCCAAUAUCAAAAAAUCAGAACCAAGCCUUUCUUUUGGGGUGAUGGAAAUCACACACUCUUUCAUAAUACUGCAGUUAAUGGACCAUAG